AUGUACAAAAAGGUAUAUAUAAUAGACUGCAAGGGACAUCUUCUAGGAAGAUUGGCCUCCAUUAUUGCAAAAGAACUACUUAACGGUCAAAGAAUAGUUGCUGUAAGAUGUGAAGAUAUUAACAUAUCUGGUAGUUUGUAUAGAAACAGACUAAAGUAUCAAGAAUUUUUAAGACUCAGAACGAACACAAACCCAAAGAAAGGACCAUUACAUUUACGUGAUCCAUCUAAAAUAUUGUGGAGAUGUGUCAGAGGAAUGUUACCACAUAAAACAUACAAAGGAAAAAUUGCACUUAAAAAACUGAAAGUAUUAGUAGGUAUGCCAUAUCCAUAUGAUAAAAUGAAAAAAUAUGUUUUACCAAGUGCUUUGAGAGCAUUUAGAUUAAAAAAGCAUAGACGAUAUUGCAGACUGGGAACGUUGAGUUCAAGAGUUGGUUGGAAUUAUGAUGAGUUAGUUAAAAAAAAUGAACAGAUCAGGAAAAAAGUAAGCAAGCUAUAUUACAAAAAGAAAGUAAAAGUACUCAACGAGAAAAAGAAUUUGAAAUCAGAAGCUCUAAAUAUGAUUAAUCCAGAGGAACGCAAGGUUUUGGAAAACUUUGGAUAUGCGUAG